GCUGCCACUUCUGAGCCUAUCAAACAAAGGACCAGCCUUUUGGUGUGCGUGCUGCACAUGCGGUCGAAAUAACGUGCGGCUAAAGAAAGAAACACCACAACGGCGUCCUGCACCUUGUCCUGCACCUGCUUGGGCGACCAGUCAGUCACUCCAUCACGGCUCCGCUCUGCCUCCAGCCUGCCUGCAUUUCCACCAAGCAUUGUUACCGGCAUGCUUAGCUCGACGGUCUUUGUCAUUCACCUCACUCCCUCACCCACUCCCUCUCUCCAUAUGCGGUCCUUGUCUCUCUGUUCCUGUCCCUGUACAUAGGGUCUGAUUUCUGCUCCACCACAGUCUUCUCCCCCCUCCCUCUCCGUCCACACUUCUGCUCUCUCUCUCCCACAUCGCUCCCUCUCUCCAUAUCUCUCGCCCUCGCCUCGCCCUACACUUCUCUCUCCCUGCCCGCCUCCCUUCAGACCAUCCUCUCUAGGGUCACUCCUCCUCAUACCACCGGCUGUAUCUUCUCUUCCAGCAGGACACGCGACCACCAGCUAGCUACAAUGAAGCUCAUGAAACUCUUCAAGCGGCGCAAGCAGCGCAACAAGAGCGAAGCUCCCGGCGCCGAUGCUUUUGGCAAGAAGUAUAGACAGUUCGGCGGCAGUAUGCCUGCGCAGCCUCAAUUUUACACCGAAGACGACUACCCUCUCCCCGGCCCAAUUCGCCCCUUCUCGCCCAACCGAGCCUCGGCCGCCAAACUCGCCGCGCUGCCCGCCCCCGUCCUCGAGCGCAUCUUCGCCUUUGUGUGCCCGCAUACCCAGGACUGCUCCUACGAGACACAAGAGCAGAGCUCACUCGAGGACGCUUGCAUGCUCUGUGACACCCGGGACCUGUCGCAUUGCGUCUUGGUCAACCGCAGGUGGUCCAAGGUGGCGCCCAAAGUCCUUUACCAUAGCAUCCGCAUCGAGACAGUACACUACUGCGACCGUGAGGCUCUCCUGGCCGACAAGCGCAAGCGCAGGACCUUUCUGGACCGGAACGGCGUGCCUGAAGAUACAUCCCAGAAACGACUCAAGCUCCUAUGCAGGACACUUCGUGAAGACCCCGCGCGGCUAGGACCCGUUGUGCAAUACUUCAAGCUGCCUUACAUGCUGAGAGAGGCUUGCCAGGCCGACAUAGCGCGCACGAUCGCGGUACUUCCCAACCUGCUAUAUGUCGACCUUCCUGAAGGCCUUUACCAAGACGAUAAUGCAUACAUCACAUUGCGAAUGGAGGUGGAGGCAAGGUGUCUGAAUCUGAGGAAGAUGACCUACAUGCACGGGUCCGAAAGGAGUCUGGAGCGCGUUGCGAGUGGCCAGGUGUUCCGAAACCUAGAGGUUCUGGAGCUGAAGAACAUACAAAUGGACGGCACCAUCAUAUUGCAUGCUCUCGGCGCCCUCGGGGGCUUGCGUGCCCUGAAAAUCUCCAACUCGAAUGCUGUAAACGACGAGAUGAUCGGGCACGACAACGAGAUGCUCCCGCCGUUCCCGCCGUUGGAGGAGCUCAUUCUGGACGGUGUGCCUGGAGUCACGUCACAGGGCUUGACGAGAUACUUGACCCGUGGAGACGCAUCGCGUGCUCUCAAGGUCCUGAAUCUUGCCGAGACGGGAGUCAAACCUUGGACUCUGCAGGACAUCUUGGCGGCGGGCCCCAUGCUCAAGCGACUCACCAUAACCUACGAGGCCUCAACUUCCCUGCCCCUGGCGGCCGGCACACCCCAGGUGCCACCCUUGGCCUCGACGUCUCUCGAAAUCUUUCACUACGAGGUGACAAGUGCUCCCACGGCCAGCCCUUACUCCAACAUCCUUCCAUCCUUCUACAACUAUCUCUCCGGCUCCCUCCUGAUGGGCGGCCUGCCGAAUCUUCGUGCCCUCUACGUUCGGGACGCCAACUUUCCCAACACGCUCCUCGGCCUGCCCCCUCCGUUACCGAGGUACGCAGGCGGCAAUUACAACCGACCCGGGAGCAGCAGCUCUCAACGGUCGUCGGCCUUCUCCCGCAACGGACUUGGCUCUCCUGGCUUCCCAGGGCCCUUCCAGAAUGGUGGUGGCGGCGGCAGCAGCUACAACCCCUUCCAGGAACCACCCAAGAAACCCUUCGCCGGCGCAGGCCACAACCCGCGAUUCAGUUCAAACAACCCGUUUGCAUCCUUGGCGGGCCCCAACGGGCCUACCGGACUCCCACAGACCCUCGAAGUCUUUACCAAAGGCGACGACGAGCUGAACUGGGGAAUGGUCAAGGUAGACCCGGCGCAGAGCAGUACGCCUGUCGAAGCCGCUGCACGCCCGUCCAGUAGCUAUGGAUUGGACAACAGCGACAGCGGCUGGAAUUCUCGGGCCGGGGCUCGCCGCUCCGUCUUCAUGGGAGACGGUACCGGUGGCUUCCUGGCCGUGCCCGGCCUGCCAGAGGCCACUGGCGGCCCGAGAAGAGGCAGCGCGCCGAGCGUGGGCGGCGGCGACGGUUGGCCACGGCCGAGCACUGCGACGCAAGAAAAGCGCUCCUCGAGGAUCGAUCUUUGGCGUUGAUAGGACUAUCAUGCUCCAGACCCCCAACGAACAGCUUCGGAGAUCAAGUCACCUCCUUGGACUUGUUUGAUACUCCGAUCGCGCACUCCGGCAGUGUCGAGCUUCACCUUGACAACAGACGCGCAGUAAGCCAGACUGUUGCCACGGUGUUCCGUGCGAUCCUUCGCACCCGUUUUAGCCUGUCUGGCAGUAUCGAAAAGCGGUCGAUGACACGGAGCAUUCACCAAAACUCGGCGCAUAUCACCUGUGGUUCGUCGGCAAGGCGGAGCUGUGUCACGGCGGAUCAUUUGCACUACGAGAGUCAAGACCUGACUCGAUGGUGGCAGACGUGCACGAUGUGGUGAGGCUGUCAUACGGGCCUCAAUCCAGGCAAUGCCUCUGGAUAGCCACUACUUGACUUUGUGUGAGGGGGACCGAGGUUUUAAAUCGAUCCCUCUGCUUGGGGUCCUCCAUUAAAAAGCCAGAAGACUCGACAUCUUGUACUCUCUCCUGAUCUUUAUCUGAUUUUUUUUAUAUCUGGUCCGUCGGCAUUUCCCUAGUUCUGAGACAUCUGCAAGCAGCAUAGCGGGAUUUGCCAGCAAGCCAAGCGGGGUUGACUGGUCGGGUUGAAGUGUUUCCGCCCAAGGUGUCACGGCAGGAGGUUUGAGAGAUAUAUUCGUCUGACGCGUCGUUGCUGGGAGAAAGGGGGAGGGGGCGUUCUUCUGGAUUUAUCCCUGGUUCACGGCAGACGGCCUACAUGAUGCCAGUCUUGGGGGAGCCCUCCCUACCUUUCCUCUCGGAACCAGGUCGGAGGAGGGAAGAGCCGAUGCCAACAAUUCGAGGAUGGAGAGAUAUCUAUCUGACGACGUGGCCCUUUAGGAAGGGCGCAGGAGGGAGGGGGGGGUCUAAGUGUUAUCCCUUAAUGGUGGGAAGCCCCUUGUUGUGAUGUAUUUCUACAAUUGCUACUACUACUACUAUACCCCGAAUGGGCUGGAGCAUUGGCAUGGAGGCGCCUGGGGCGUACUUGGAUGGACAGAGGCGUGGAUAGGGGCCAAGCGGGCGUAAUUGAUGGGUUGAAAACUA